CUUGUUUGGCAGCCGGGCUGGGUUUCUCUGUACAUGCAGCAGUUUCGGUCAGAGCAGCCAGUUUCCUUCUGCUGGGAACAGAGCAAAGAGGAAGCCAUACGGCCGAUGCCCCCUGCGACUGGGCUGGCAAACCCAGCAGGUGAGGGCUUGCGCAGGGGCGAACAGCGCUGGGUUGUGCGGGCAGGGCAGGCGCCGGGGCCAAGCAGGAGGCAGGGCCCUGCACUGGGAAGACCACAGCAGCUGGGGGGGACGGACACGACUCUAUCUGCCUCUGAAGCAGCACUGCUCCUUCCACCGCUGUGACUGGGUUCUCCUCUCCCCAGCGCAGCCGGGCCGGUGGUUCCAUUCCCGCCUCCUCCCUGGGCCCUGCAACAUGCGGACGCCGUCGGUGAUGAUCGUGGGCCUGGUGCUGAGUCCCUGCGGCCUGCUGCUGAACCUGGUCAGCACGCUGACUCCCUGCUGGAGGCAGGUGAGCCGAAUAUCCGGCAAGCCCAUUGACGUGGUCUAUCAGCAGGGCAUCUGGGAGCUCUGCCAAGAGACCCAGAGCACCCGCCAGCGCCAGUGCGGCCUGGCUGACGAACUCGGCUACUUCCCCACGCAGCCGGUGCAGGUGGCCAAGGGGCUGAUGGUCUCCUCGCUGGUUGUGACUUUGGUGGGGCUGGUGGUGGCGGCUCUGGGGGUGCGCUGCUGGCAGGAAGAGCCCCACUACCUGCUGGCAGGCCUCUCUGGCCUGAUAUUCUUUGCCUCCGGGCUGAUGAGCCUCAUCCCUGUCUCGUGGUACAACCACUACCUCAGCGCCCUGCCUGCGCCCGCAGGCAGCACCCUGGAGGUGGGCUACAGCCUGGUGCUGGGCUACCUGGGCAGCUGCCUGGAGCUCAUCGGGGGCUUCUCCCUGGCACUCAGCCUCCACCAGGGCUGCCAGGAGUGCAGGAGAAAGAAGACAACUACCAAAUAUCCCCACCGCAGCCAGCCGGGCCCCGCCACCGUAUCUUCCAGAGACUCCAUGCCCCGUAGCCAGAAGCCGGCUCCCAAGUCCUUCAGCAACCCCAUGGAUGUGCUGGAGGGAGAAAGAAGCUUCAGCCGCUCUCUGCCCUGUGACUCAGACUUAUAGCCCGGCACGGACGCGGGCAGUGCAGCACUAGCAGAGAGGAGCCCCUGCCAGCGAGAGGCCAAGGCUGGCAGGCCAAUAGCAGCAAGGACCUCUCCCUGCCUCUGUGCAGAUGGACCCUCCUGCUGCAGUAGCUGGGGCGGAUGAGAGUUUGGGACCCAGUAGCUGGAACUGCAGCCAUUGCUGGUGGGCGCUGGACAAGAGGUGGAUAUUUCUGUGUAAGCAGAGCAAGAGUGGCAUUAUUGAUGAUUUGCACAUUACUGCCUGGCCAUGGUGACUUAGACAGUUAACAGGAGGUGGCAGAUAAAAUCUUCAAAAGCACCUAUGUGACUUAGGACCCUCCAGCUCAUUGGAAAUCAAUGGGAUUUAGGCUCCUAUCUGCCAAAAUUACUUUGGGUAAAAUUUUCAAAAUUCUCAGUGGUGGCUUGGAGCCUAAAAAGCUUUGAGGUUCUGGGCCAAGUGACUUAGGAGCCUAACGCCAUGUCCUUGGGAGAUGCAGGGUGCGCAGUACUUUUGAAUAUGCAUGUGGUUAGUUAGGAGUCUAAGUAUGGAGCUUAACUUUAGCCCCCAGCACAGGCAGUUCUUGGCCAGAGAUAUUAUCGGCCGAGUGUUCAGAAAACGACCGGGGUUAUUGGUGUCUAGUUAUUGUAUCUCUACGUAAUCAGCACCUUCUCAGCUUCAGCGUUUACAUCGGGUACGCUGCGGAUUUCUAGCAUUCAUUCACUUCUUUGCACAGAGGCAUGGAGAGCAGGGCUGGAUUUAGGGGCAGGCGAUCCAAGUGACCACCUGAGGUGUUAUGCUUGGCGGGGGGCGCCGGGCUCCAAGCGCUCUUUUAGUUGUUAGCGACAAAAGGGAAAAUAGAAUGUGUGAAGUGAAAUGUUUCAGGUAUUCUGUACGUGGGUUCAUUUUUCACCAGUCUCCUAGAAUGUUCUGGACCUUUGUAGAAUCUCGUGGAACCUUCCAGAUUUCCUCAGAACCACAUUUUCCUUGAACCUCAUAGACUGUUGUCAGCCAUGCCCCAGCCACGGGUAUAUAAGGGGCGACAUGGGCGGCACAUAUCAUGGGGGGGGGCAGGCUGUGCCUCCCCAAACAGCCCAGCAUGACCCCGCCCACGCUCUGUGCCGAGGCCUCCUCCUGCUUGCCCUUCCCCCUUGGCCCCAGCCCAGGCUGACUUCUCGUCUUCUGGAAAGCCGGGCUGGGGCAGCUGCUGCUGGCCUGUGGCCG